UAUGACGUACUACUUGCCUCGUGGAGAAACCUUCUAAGUUAGAAAAUUUGCCGCUGGCGACUGCAUUGAUUUCUCACACUUGGCCGCUUAAAAACAAGAGAAGAAAAAACAAAAUAAAGAUGAGUAAAUACAGCGCUAAGUAUCUAGAAGAUAAACUCAAAGAGAAGCUUGAUGCGACAUAUGUGCAAGUGUGCGACGACUCGGAUGGAUGUGGUGGUAAAUUCAGCGCUGUAAUCGUAUCCAAAGCGUUCGAGGGAAAAGCACUACUGCAAAAGCACAGAUUAGUUAACACAACGCUUGCCGAAGAACUAAAGGAAAUACACGCUUUCUCGCAAAAGUCAUAUACGCCCGCCGAGUGGGAGAAAGUGCAACAACAGCAGUAACUCUAAUCGUAA